AUGAUGGAGGACUCACCUAUGGAUGGCUCUGAUGCUCUGAUGGCCAAACCUGUUGCUACAGAUGGCUCAGAUGUGGCCAAAGUGGAAGCAGUAGAAGCUCUAUCCAAGGUGAAGGAGGAAAGCACGGUCCUGCAAAUGUUGCACGAAAGCAUGGCUGACACAGUCUCAACCGAGAACUUCAAGGCCAUCUUGUUUGAAGAGGGCAAGAGGGUCAUGCAAAAGGCCAAUGGGGCAGGGCAUGUGCUGAAUGCACUAUUUCCAAAAGAAUCUGCUGAUGCCUUAGACUUUGCCACUCAUUUGUUGACUGAGUAUCCGAAGCGGUUUGAUGUGACGUAUAUCUCACAGGGCAAGCUGCCAAGCAACACUGUGGAUACCUUCCAUCUGCACCUGAGUGAUUUGAGCUGGUUCAGCGACGCCAGUACCAAGCCAUCUCCCUACUUGGUCACAUGCUUAUCACUGUGGGAUGAGAUCAUAACCCAUGGGUUUCAAUCACAAGGAGAUCCGCUCUUGCUUUGGGAAGGUCCAAAUAUCAAUGACCGAAACUAUGCUUGGUGCUUCUAUGUGAAAGGCGCUGCCAGAGCUAGUGUGGCACUGUUUUUGGUAGCUCUUUGCUGGAAGAAAGGCUGGACUUUGUCGGUACUGGCUCCAGAGCUCUAUGAUUCUUUGCUUCUCAUUCACGGAAGGCGAGGGAGCAUGGGGAAUGAGAUCACCAAGAUUGCCUUCUCCAAUGCAUUGCUCUCUGCAAGGGGCUCCAUCCGCAGAGCGCACGAUACAGCCACAUGGCUGUCCAAGCUGGCUCUGCUCACAUCGAGAGGCUUGCAAGCUGACCAGGCCAUAAAGAUUUGGAACCAACAAGCGACCAGGGAGUCGCAACUUCAAGGACAAAAACGGGUCGCUUUACUUGCGCUCCUGUCAGCCCCGGAGGGUGCUCGGGAGAUUUUGCUGCACCAUGCCUCUGCAUUUGGAGGAAGCACGGCCUUUUCCGAAGAGUGUUUCGCGAACAAGGCCUUGUUCCCUGGUUGGUCUCCUAAAGGAACUGACAAGGGAUGGCAAAAGCGGCUGCAAGUGACUGAUCGUGGCUUCAUCCUGUUCCUGAAGCAUGUGGAUGCCACUCACCGCGCCAGCCUCCAAGAGAACCGUGGAAAGAUAUCUAAGGACAAGAUGAUGGAGCAUUCCUCCAUGGCGCAACUUGUGGUUUCCAUUGAGGCUGAACUUGCCGAGGGUGGCUGCCAAACCCAACAAUUGAGUGAAGCCUUCGUGGCUCUUGAUGGAAAUUUGGAACUCGACUUGCAGGUUGCAGCAUCUGAGAAAUCAGUGAAGUUCAAGAUCUCUGAUGUUCGAAUGGUGCAGGACAUCUUGAAGGCUCACAACUUGAGCAAUGAGGACAAAUUCAAAACGACUGCGGCCAAAAGGUUGGUGGCAGCAGGCGAGCUGGAACGUGAAGAGUUUCAUCUGAUGCUGCAAAUGUUUGAGCACGAUCUCAAAGCCUGGUCCAACUGGCGCUUGAAGUGCCAUGACAGGGAGACUGCGAACUACCACGCAGAGCUACAGCUGAAGGUCGAAAGGCAAGCUGAAGCCCAGCGCCAGGCCAACAGCCUCUUCGAGGGUGGCAGAAACUUCUGUGGGUCACUUGAGACGUUGUCCAACCCCCAAGAGGUCCUGAACAAGGUCCGGGCCAUGGAGAAGAAGUUGGUGCAAACCUUUCAAUGUCCUGCCCACGUUGUCAUGUUCUGCAAUUGGUCAGCGCCAAGCCUCGUGGCCUCUCAGGCUCAAAAGACACAGGCUGCUGUCUUGGCAGCACUUGUCAACUCGAAUGAGGAAGCUGGAGGCCGAAACAUUGGUGUGAUCAUGGAACCGGUGUUCACAUACAGCAAAGGCCAGCUUUGGAAGACGGAGGAGGCUUGCCACAAACUCUUGGCGAACAAUCGGCUCAACUUUGACCAGCGAUUUGUGCUGCCCUUCCGUGAGCGUGCUGAUGAUCGAGAUCAGAGGCUGAUGGUGCGCCAUGGCCGAGUGGUUUUCCCAAUGGAGGAUGCUGUCUUCACCAAAGUGUGGCAAACAUACCGUGGAAGUCAGAUUCUCAGCAAGGGUUUGCUUGAGGAAGCCCAGGUCAUGAGCUCCAAGGACUUUGUCCAGAUCGAGGACUGUUCUGAGGAAGCCCUUCCAGCCACAACAAGUUUGACUCAUGUGGCGAAUGCAGCUGAAAAGAGCGUUCAGUUGGGGCCUGACGCAAUGCAUUCCCUCCUGCGUGGAACAGUCGGAGCUCUGGGAGGGAAACCUACUGUGCUGGUGGUUGACUUGUUUCCCCAUACCGGGGACCUCUGCAAAGCUGUGGUCAGGGAAAAGUUCAAACCAUCCAUGGCAAUGAACCUUGUUUAUUUGGCUUUCCAUGAGUCAGAAAUUGAGGCUGACUGGGCCAAGCAGCACCAGUCGCAGUGCGUCUUUGAGAGCAUCCUCGCAGACGAGUUCAAACCAUUGAUUCCUUUGCCAGAGAAAUCUGAUACGAUGGUGCCAGGCCCUCCCCAACCAAACCUGAGUUUGCUGGCUUGGGGAACUGGCAAGGCAAAAGAAUCCUUGCGCACACCAGAGAAGCUUCUCAAGACGUGGCAUGACCACAGUGUCCAUGGGGCCGAAUUCCGGGAGUUCCUGGAGAAAGCCAGACAGGACUACUCCUUGGAUGUGAAGAUUUCUUCCAAUGGAGACGAGCCAGCGCAGGAACCACCGCUCAAAAAGCAAAGGGUGACAGGGGCCGGAAAUGGAACCCUCAACAAGUCGACUUUCGAGCUGAAGGUGGUCGAGGAAGUUCCUGCGGCGCUUUGCUGGCAGGCCAAGGUGACCGGAAGCCCCAAGAUCAACCUCAUUGUGACGGUUGGUCAUGGGGUGUUUGCUCGCAAUUCCUCUUCUGAUGUUGUGGUGGUCAAAGCUGGCACCACGCUGGCUGGCUACUACAAAGGCCGCUUUUGGAUGCCUGAUGGCAAGGGUGGUGAGGAUCAAACACCACAGGACACUUGUGAUGUGCCAUUCAAGCUCCAAAGUGAUCAAGACAAGGUGAUGAUGAACGGCAAGUUUUCAUCUCUUUUUGAAAUCAUCAUGGCGAAGCGGGAAUUGACGCCUGCAGAUGCCACAGUCUCCUAUCAUGAGCUUCAAGAUGCGCCUACUGCGACCAGUGCUUCUGCUUUUGCUUUGAAGCCCAAGGGGUCGUCAGCACUGUAUUUCAAAGUGCAAGACUUUCCUGCAAGAUCAGAAGUCAAAACUGAAGCUGACGAUGAGCAGAAGCUGAUGAUCCCAGCAGCCCAUUUGGCUGGUGCAGUCCCAGUUUCUGUGUGGGAGAAAUGUCAGGCUGCCCGCUUGAUUUGGGCCGUGAAAUGGCCGGCAGUGGCCUCCAAGGGCCUCCAACCGAUCAGGCCGAUGCUGGUGGCUCUGUAUGACCUGAAGAUUGAGGGCAACCAAAUUGUGGAGUUGGUACCGCCUUCAUGA